AUGUGCAAGAAAAAAGGCUACGUGUCGAAAAUGCUUAGGGCAGGCAAUGAGAAGGAUGAUGAUGAAGCUGAUACAGUAGGUUGCUGUACGUUAAAAGUUGAAAAUGUGGAACCAGUGCCUCCAAAUAUCUUGAAGUUUGAUUUCCUUGGUAAAGAUUCUAUAAGGUAUCAGAAUGAAGUCGAGGUUGAAGUUGCUGUUUUCAGGGCAAUUCAAGAGUUUCGAAAUAAGAAAAAAGGCGGAGAUGAUAUAUUUGACAAACUUGAUACUAGUAAACUGAAUGCUCAUCUAAAGGAAUUGAUGCCUGGUCUCACUGCUAAGGUCUUCCGUACAUACAAUGCAUCUAUUACAUUGGAUGACAUGUUGAGCAAGGAAACAAAAGGUGGAGAAGUUGCUGAGAAAGUUGUUGUUUAUAACCAUGCAAACAAGGAGGUUGCCAUCAUUUGUAAUCAUCAACGGACUGUCUCGAAGUCCCACAGUGCUCAGAUGACUCGCUUGAAUGAAAAGAUAGACGAACUAAAGAACAUUUUGGAAGAAUUGAGGACAGAUUUGGCUAGGGCCAAAAAGGGGAAGCCCCCCUUGAAGGGUUCUGAUGGGAAAACGAAGAGGAAUCUAAAUCCUGAUGCAUUGGAGAAAAAGAUAUCUCAAACCACAGCAAAGAUUGAAAAAAUGGAAAGAGAUAAGGAUACGAAAGAGGAUCUAAAGACUGUAGCAUUGGGCACGUCAAAGAUCAACUAUCUUGAUCCUAGGAUCACUGUUGCAUGGUGCAAACGCCACGAAGUUCCUAUCGAGAAGAUAUUCAACAAGUCUCUACUGGCGAAAUUCGCAUGGGCAAUGGACGUCGAGCCAAGUUUCAGAUUCUAAAUUUUGUUAGGUGUAUUCCAUAAGCCCCUAGAGAGAGUAUUAACAAGCAUCUGUGACAAGUAAACUAUGUUCAUUACUGCUGAAAAUUAAUUUCAUUGUGUGAUCUCAAUGAAAUUGAGGAACCAUAGCUCCCA